AUGCCGCACCGCGAGCGCUUGAAGGUGUUCUCGGGGAGCGCGCACCCGGAGCUCUCGGACGAGGUCGCCAACUACCUCGGCAUGGAGCUCGGCACGUCCACGAUCAAAAAGUUCGCGGACGGGGAGGUGUACGUGCAGAUCAAAGAGUCCAUCCGCGGCUGCGACGUCUUCCUCGUCCAGCCCACAUGCCCGCCAAACGUCAACGAUAACCUCAUGGAGCUCCUCAUCAUGAUCGACGCGUGCAGGCGCGCGUCGUGCCGGUCGAUCACGUGCGUGAUCCCGUACUACGGGUACGCGCGCGCGGACCGAAGGACGAGCGGGCGAGAGUCCAUCGCGGCGAAGCUCACCGCGAAUCUGCUCACCGAGUCGGGCGCGACGAGAAUCGUGAUGUUGGACAUUCACUCGCUCCAGACGAUCGGAUACUUCGACAUCCCGGUGGACCACAUCUACGGCGAGACGGUCAUCUUAGGCGCGUUCUAUACACUGGUCCCCAUACGACCGCACUACCUCACGUCGAAAGACUUCGCGCCGAAGGAUCUGGUCGUCGUCUCCCCCGACGUCGGCGGCGUCCCGCGCGCCAGAGCCUUCGCCAAGAAGCUCUGCGACGCCCCCCUCGCCAUCAUCGACAAGCGGCGGACGGGCCACAACAAGGCGGAGGUGAUGAACCUCAUCGGCGACGUCGACGGCAAGGUGGUCGUCAUGGUGGACGACAUGAUCGACACCGGCGGGACGUUGCUCGCGGGCGCGAAGUUGUUGAGGGACUCGGGGGCGCGGGAGAUUUACGCGUGCGCGACGCACGCCAUCUUUUCGCCGCCGGCGGUGGAGCGUCUGGGGUCCGGGGUGUUCACCGAGGUGAUCGUCACCAACUCGAUCCCGCACACGGAGGAUCGGGAUUUCCCGCAGCUCACGGUGUUAUCCGUGGGGAAUUUGCUCGGGGAGACGAUCUGGAGGGUGCACAACGACACGCCGGUCUCGUUCAACAAGUUGUGA